CAAGUAACGGAGACCAAUAGAAAACACUUUUUGUUGUGUAAAUCAUCAUUUAAGUCAUUCCUCGCAGUCACACUCCCAUGAACACAACAUGCCCUCUCCUCUCAUUGGAUAUCUUCUCUGCAGUAACUUCUGACUGAAGCCUGUGUUGCGGUUUUAAAACAUCCACAGGACAGAAGUUUCCAGUCUGAACCCCCCCCCCCUCCGUCCCAUCUGGACGACCUUAAGCAUUGCUUGGAAGCUUGGAGAGAGGUGAAGAGGAUGGAGUCAGACAUUGUGGACGUACAUCCAGUGACAUGACCAAAUCACUCUAAGAAGAUGCUGAAGAAGAUGGUGACAGUACGGAGGCUCCUUCAUGUGAAGGGAGAUGUGUUGUGCACCAUGCUGCUGCUUGUGCUGUUCUGUCUGCUGCUCUACACCCGCCAGGUCAUACUCUCCUCUGGGUGGGACAGACCUGAGUGGAAGCUGGAGAUCCAUGGCUCUACCAGCUCAAGCAGGAACCUGCUGGGUGCCAGCGGGGCCAAAAUCAGCCAGGAGUCUCCAGAGCAGUUCCCGUCCAGGCCGUCAGAGCCAGGGCUUCCUGCCUGUAAGCCCCAAUCAAAGUCCAAACCACCGCAGCCAAAGUCUAAACCUCAGGUCAAAUCCAAGGGGAAAUCCAAGUCUCGACGGAAAAAUGUCACUCCGACUAAGGCCACUCGAAAGCCCCUGCCCACACUGCCACCAUUUGACUUUGCGAGCUAUCUGAGAGAAAAGGACAACAGAGACUUCAAUCUGCUCAUCGACCAGCCAGAGAAAUGUGUCAUCAGAGGAGCCAAGCAGGAAGAAGAAGGAGGACAAGGAGCAAGUGAUAAGUCCACUGCUCCCUACAUGCUGAUCGCAGUGAAGUCUGUCGCUGCAGAUUUUGAGAAACGUCAGGUGGUCCGUCGCACCUGGGGUAGAGAGGGACUUUUCCAAAACGGUGUGUCCAUCCGUACUGUUUUCCUGCUGGGGGUUCCCAAGAACCGGACCGCUCUGCCUCUGUGGGACCGGCUCUUGACCUACGAGAGUCAAACCUUCAGGGAUAUCCUGCUGUGGGAUUUUGACGACACCUUCUUUAACCUGACGCUGAAGGAGACACAUUUUCUGAAAUGGAUCAACAGCAGCUGCCCUCAAGUCAAGUUCAUCUUCAAAGGUGAUGCCGACGUGUAUGUUAACAUUGAGAAUAUACUGGAGAUGCUGCAAGGUCAAAAGCCUGAAGAAGAUCUCUUUGUCGGGGAUAUCAUCGUCAAUGCUAAGCCAAUCCGCCGGCGCAGUUCAAAGUACUUUGUACCGGAGUUUGUCUAUGGAGGAGGUUUGUACCCAAGCUACGCUGGAGGAGGAGGGUUUGUCAUGUCAGGACGCACGGCUCUAAAACUGAGCUCUUCCUGUCAAAAGGUGGAGCUGUUCCCCAUAGACGAUGUCUUUCUGGGGAUGUGCCUCCAGCUGAUCGGCGUCAUUCCAUCACGCCACCAAGGCUUCAGGACCUUUGGAAUCCCCAGACCAUCUGCGGCGCCCCACCUCCAGACGUUUGACCCCUGUUUUUACAGGGAACUCAUGGUCGUUCACAGCCUCAGCGUUCCUCAGAUCUGGCUCAUGUGGAACCUCCUGCACGAUCCCAACCUGAGCUGCCACAACAGGACCAGCCCGACAUCCUGGCCUUUCAAGUGGAAAGGAAAGGGAGGAGAAGCAGAGGUACAAGAGACGGAUUACGGCGAGAAGCAGGUGUUUGUCACGCAUUAGAGACUCUCUGCAGGGACCUGCACGAGCUCUAGUGAGUAUAAAACCAUUAUGAAGCAGGAUCCACGGCUUACUUGAAAGGCUUGUGAUGUGUUCAGGCGCACAGGCGAGUCACAUGAGACUUUAUCUGAGCGGAUCAUCUUUGAGGAAAUGAAUUGGCAGAGGCCACAUGCGUGACAGAUUUUCAGGGAGGAAAUCUAACGAGAACUUUUCAGAUGGUGUGUGUGAACAAGCACGCAGCAGGUCUUUGAUUUGCAAAGAUUAUUGUGUGAUGAUUUACCUCUCACUGGGAUCUUGAAUGUGAACCUUCAGAAUGUAUUGUGCUCUAAUUGUUUACACAGAGACUCAGUAAAAAGGGACAUACUGAAAUGUGGUUAACUGGUUUAACUCCAUUCAUGCAUGAAUGUCAUCAUGUGGUUGUAACUCUUUUCAUCCACUAAUUUGUUUUUUCUCACUCUGUUGUUUUUCGUCGUCUGUUUGUGUAUUGAUAAUAUUUUAUUUUCUCUGUUCUUUUCUUUUUUUUCUUAAAUUGUUGUCAUGUUCUUCAUUUGUUUUCUAUUGGGACCCCCCUUGAAAACCAGAUGGUACAUCUCAAGGGGUUUAUUCAAAUUAAUAAACUCUUCCUCAGAAGGUAUCUGUGUGUGUGUGAGACCAUAAUGUUGUUCAGUGGACCGUACGGACAGCAAGGACCGGUAAAAGCCUUUUUGUACUGAAUGAGUGGAAAGACUGCAGGGACGUUCUGUCCUCAUCAUGAAUCACUUGUCCCUCGCUGGAUUAAAGGCACAAAUGGACUGUCGCAUUGUCUGUUCCCUGGAGGAACACUGAAAGAAGUCUAAAUGGAAACCAGCCGCACAGUGGGAACCAGUCUGGACCGUGCACACGCGCACACACGCACACACGCACACACACACCUGCUGGAUGUUUGUGGAAGAGCCUGGUAUACGAGGUGUCAGGCAUGUGUGAUUUCAUGUGAACACUUCAGCUUUCAUUACAUGAUUUGACUUGUUUUGAAUUAUCACGUGUUGUCUGAAAGUCCUGUUGUCUCUUUCGUUCAAUGAAACAAAAAUGGAAGGUUGUUUGCUACAGUGAAAAACAUUUAUAUUCAACUCUCUUUUCAACACUAAAAUAGUGUCCCAGUUCUAAACAGAUGUAAACGACUGUGUCUGCAAACAGACACACAGCGUGCUUCACUAACAAGGUCUCAAAGUAUAACCCACGUGGAUGGUUUGAUCAAACUUAAUCAAUCUGUGCAAAGAAAACAUCAGUCCUGCUGUGGAGGAGCGAAACACAUCACAUUGUCUCAGCUUUGGCUCCGAGGUCAUCCAAAGGUAUUUAUUGGCACAUUAGCAGUCCAGGAAACAACAUGAUGUCUGAGUUGUUUCACUAACUAAAGGAAGAUGUUGCACAUUGAGUUAAGGGUCUGCACACAAGAGUCUAUACCAUAAAUGUAACAAGUAUGUGAAUGUGUGUAGAUGAGCGUUUCAGCUCCAGGGUACAGGGUUGAUUAAUAAAAGCUACACAAAGGGAAAUCCUGAAUAUUAAUAAUAUAGCAAAGUCAAAUAUAUAUAAAAAUGAACAGUUGAGUAAUAACUUCCUAUAGGAAGAGAGUUCAGUCAAACUCCCUCUGGAUUUGUUGUUCUGAGCUCUGUGUUCAUGAGUGGACGGCACUUCCAUUAGCUUGUUAAUGUUUCACUCAGAGUUUGAAACUUGUUUCAUGCAUGUUUUUUUAUCGCGUUAACUCCCACCUUGUGGGGGAAGAGCAACGGCCCCACCCAUUAAGGGAAGCUGUGUCGUCGUAACAAUGGAGUAUUGAUGCAAACGGGCAUGUCCAGAUGGGUGGCCAGGGGUGACAUAGCCCCUCUUGAAAUCUGAUUGGCCAGCUCAGGUGCCUCCCCCAAAAUCCUAAACUGUGAUCUGCUGUUUCCCCUGUAAGAAACCAGACUUUUGUUAAAACCAACUAUUAGGUCUAUUUCGGUUUCUGACUUUAAACAGAAAUCUUCUUUUUCUGUCAUUAAACAUUGAGCUGGUGAAGUUAGAAAGGGUAGAUAAAUUAGAUAGAUUAAUUAGAGAGAUUAAUUUGUGUGCACAUCAAAUUCACUAAGGUUCCCUAAGAUAACCUUUUCUGUCCCUUCCUCGCUAGGAUUCUUUAGACUAAGUUAGGAUUUUUCUGAGAGUAUUCUCAGGAUGUUUGUGAAUAUGAGCCCAGAUUAAUUGGAACUAAAGUCAGAAUCAUUAAGGGUAAAAUACAUUAGAAGCAGAUUUCCUACUUUCUAAGAAUACAACUGUCUCUGUGUCUUUGUGACUAAUGAAAGUACAAUUCUGCCAGGCUCAAGUACAAAACAGAUGUUGAGGUUUAGCCCAAAGUCAAAAGUCAAAAUUGCAAGUUUGUAUCUGUUUUUGUUUGUGUGUGGCUUUUUUAUGCCUUUAUUUAGAGAUGGUCGGAUUUGAACCUGGGCCGCCCGCUACAAAGGACCACGGGAGGCGCUCUCAUUAACCAGCAGGAU